AUGCACGUUGUGACCCGUCUUUCUCGACCUGACUUCACAGCAUGUCAAAUAGCACUUCAUGUCAGAUUACCCAACUUAGAUUUUUUAAUUGAUUUUUUCCAUACCCAUAUCUUUCUAUCUCGGUUUACUUAUAUCUAUCUAUCUAUCUAUCUAUCUAUCUAUCUAUCUAUCUAUCUAUCUAUCUAUCUAUCUCAGUUUGCAUUUAUUACUCAUUGUACCUGGCUGUUUGCUCCUACAAUCGCCUUUUUUUUUCGCCGUGUCGCUGUUUCCCGAUUGAAGCCCAAACAGGUCAUGGCGUUCAUAAAUCGUGUCACACUGUUUCUAUCUAUAACUAUCUAUCUAUCUAUCUAUCUAUCUAUUUGCGAUUUAAAAAAAUAUGAACAAAAAGUUAUUUUUCUUUCUUUCAUUCUUUCAUCCUUUCUUUCGUUUUUCUUUCUUUCUUUUUGUCUUUUUUCUUUCUUUUUUGUUUCUAUACAAGCACUUUCUUUCUUUCUUUUAAAUACGCAGUUCUACUCAUAUCUAUCUAUCUAUCUAUCUAUCUAUCUAUCUCAUAAACCUUAUGGAAAUAAUGAUCCUGAUUUUUCUUUAAUCUUCACUUUGCAUAAACAUAUUCAUGCGUUUUCUCUCGUUUCCCUACAUACAUCUAUCUGUAUAUAUGUGCGUAAGAUAGUUGAAAAUGGUGGCGAAAAUAGAGCAGAUUUGUUAGAUCCAACACAUGGAAAAAGUAAAAAUAUCGACUUUGUUUCGCACGCAUGCGCAAUACGACUUCUGAUGUUGGACAACGCUAUCUGCACGACGCCACCUUUUUCUUUCUUUCUUUCUUUCUUUCUUUCUUUCUUUCUUUCUUUCAAAAAUCUAAUUUGA